GGGAAGGGCUCGGCGGACCGAAGGGAGAGGCGGCGAGGGGCGCGGCGGCCGCCGCCCGGCCCCGCUCCCUGCCUGUCCCGGCUCUGUCUGCGUCUGUGUGGCGCUCUCCUCCGCCGUGAGGGCGCCCGGGCGCUUCGCCGCUCUCCCCGCUGGGAUUUCGGGGGUCGCCGGUCUCCCGGUCGCCCGCCGGGACCCCCCCCUCCCCCCGGGCGGCGGUGGGGGUCGCGGAGGGCUCUCCCCGCCAUGGCCUUCACCUUCGCCGCCUUCUGCUACAUGCUGUCGCUGGUCCUCUGCGCCGCCCUCAUCUUCUUCGCCAUCUGGCAUAUAAUCGCCUUUGAUGAACUUCGGACAGACUUCAAAAGCCCAAUAGAUCAGUGCAACCCAGUCCACGCAAGAGAGCGGCUGAGAAAUAUUGAGCGUAUUUGCUUCCUCCUGCGAAAGCUGGUGUUGCCGGAGUACUCUAUCCAUAGUCUUUUCUGCAUAAUGUUUUUGUGCGCUCAGGAGUGGCUCACACUGGGGUUAAAUGUUCCUUUGCUUUUUUAUCACUUCUGGAGGUAUUUUCGUUGCCCAGCAGAUAGUUCAGAGCUAGCAUAUGAUCCACCUGCAGUUAUGAAUGCAGAUACCUUGAGUUACUGUCAAAAAGAGGCCUGGUGUAAGCUAGCUUUCUAUCUCCUUUCCUUCUUCUACUAUCUGUACUGUAUGAUCUACACUUUGGUGAGCUCUUAACUGAAAGAUCAUCAUUAAAGACUGAAAACAACAAAGGCUGGAGGUACAAGGACCAGUGAGCCAAGUGAUGCAUGAUUUAAAAAAAAAAAAGCAAUGAGAGGAAAACUUUGAACGCAAGAAGUAAAUAGAGUACAUGAAAGAGAGACCCAGCAAGAAGCAGCAGAAUACCAUGGGAGAAUGGCUGAGUUAACUGUUUAUCUGCUGUUUCUCAUUGUGUUGAAGUAAAUUACUUUCAAAACCCAAACAAAACAAAACAAAACAAAACUGCAACAAGGUGGGCCAAGUUACACAAGUGUUCACCGCUCCAAGGAUAAUGCUGCUUGGUUUAGUGGAUUCAUUAUAAACUGCAGUCCCUACUGUCUUCCAGGGAGCAAAGUUUCUUUUCUUAAUGACUGUUCUGGACUGAGGAAGCAGAAGGCAUUAUCAUCUUACACAGAAAGAACAGCUAUACAACGCAUCCUGAAAAUGGGCACCGCCUGGAGUUCAGAUAAGAUGUGUGACUGUUCUGCAGGGAUGUUCACAUGACACUAAUCAAACAGAGAUGUCGGAUCUUGUGGAAUUGAAUCAGUGUUUUUUUUUUCCACCCAUAACAACAAUAACAAAAUAAUUUGCAGUUGCGCUGUUCUGUUUUCUAAUGAUAUGCUAUUCCUAUAGGUCAACAUCCAGUAUAUUUCUGUACUUCGUUUGUGGUGCACCAAUAACAUACAGUGAUAUGUAUAAAUACAUUGGGUUUGACCUAAUCAUGUCAAGCACUUACCAGAAUAGUAUUCCUCUGACUGCAAAAAAAAAAAAAAAAAAAAAAGGGGGUAAAAGCUACAUACAUUAAGGAGGAUUGUAACAUAGGUAUUAUAUUCAUCACAAUACUGGGUAACAAAAUACUGGACCAGCUAGUCAUGGUCUGUAAUUCUGUUUUGCAGCUUUAUUUCCACUGUCAAAUUUAAACUGAAACAAAUAUACAAAAUGUUUUUGUCUUGUAUGAGGUUUGUAUUGAAAGAUGUUCAGUUUUUCAUAAUUUAAAUGUUUUUAAAUUUUAUCAUAUAAUUCUCAUUUAAAUUCAUAUAUGUGGGCUGUAUAUCUUUAUAUAUAUAUGUAUAUACAAAUACACAUCUACAUAAAUACUCAGUCUAUUUAUAUCUUAGUUUAAUCUGUUUGAUUGACAGGUCAAAGGCAUCAAGUGUCCAGAACUGCUGCUAAAUAUAUUUCAGCACUGAACCUAGUGGACCAGGGCUGGUUCCCUCAAAGUCACUAAGGUAUUUCAAUGCAGCCACUGGUGCUCUGGGUAGUAGGCAAGCCUGUAAGAUCGAGACUAACACCAGCACAUGCACAGAGACCACUUGGAUCUUGCAUGGUGAAUGAGCUAAUAAGGUAUGUUGCUACUAGAGAUGCUGCAGAGAGCAGUGCAGAAAGGCCCAUCUGUACCCCAGCUUGGUUACAGCUGGUCUUGUUAGCACUAGCUCAUUGCUGAUGCUGUGAAAUUUGGUCUGGCUAUUGAGAGCCAGUAGAUUGUUCUUGUACCAAACUCUGAGGACUUUUUAGUCUGGGCACAGGACUUCAGCAGGAGAGGUGUAGUCUUACAUUCAGCACUGCCUCUGUGCUACCUACCCUGUUACAGAGCAUGGUGCAGAAGCAAUGACUGAGUGGAGUCAUAUCAUGUCUGGCAAUGUCCAAACUGAGCUGGAGUUACUGCAUGUGUACAGUGCCAAGACUCUUUCUGGUUUGAUCUGGCUAUGUUAACAAAAUUAAAUCCUGUUAGCCUGCAAAGCACAGUUGCUGCAUGCAAACUGUCUGCUCCUGGACCAUGCCAGCUCCCAAAUCAUGCCUGGGCAUUGCUUGGAAAAGUGCUAGCCAGUUUCUGGUACUAGAACGUUUUUCUGCAUUUCCAGAGUAAAUUUAUUUUUGGGUAAAUUAUUCCACUUGGUUUUGAGCCAACAUUAGCCUAAAUACACCUUCUCUCAUGCUGCUUAAGACUCUGAUAUAUAGAGAGAGCAGUCCUUUUCACCCUCCAUUCUGUUAAGAUUAAGCUGUCUCUUCCAUCCUCCCAUAGCACUCCAUUCUCCAUGUCUUCUUUAAAGAAUUUCUCUGUUGUCUUUCCAGUCAAAUUAAUCUUUCUUAAGAGCGGAUGAUCACAGCUGUUCAUAGUAUUCUGGAGAGUAUCUUACCCUAACUAGUCCUUAGUAUGAAUGGACAAUGAAAGUUAACGCCCUUGGUUCUUUCCAAUAAUGCUUAUUCAAAAAAGUAAUCCUACUGCUCUCAAUAACAUUUUGCUUCUCUUCAAGAAAAAUAUUAAUUUAACAUCAAUGGAAAAAUGGUUUAAUAUGGGGAUACUUUCCCUUUCAUGGAAUUUUGUGAAGCUUCUCCUGAGCAGAAAUAAUUUAUGAAACUGGCCAAAGCAUUAAUUGGAGGAAGUUUAAUGUAAGGCAGGUAUCUCUAACCCAGAACUCAAGAGUAAUGAGACCUUCUAAGGUGUCUGGCAGUAUCAAGAAGCUGCUAGUGCUGUGGACCUCACAGACAGCAGAGUAAGAUACAGCCCUCAGCAUGUUCCUUGCUCUGUGUUGUUACACAGGUGGGUUGCAGUAUCUUGCUGGGUUACUCCAACAGACUUGUCUGCAGUCCAGUACUAAACCGUUAUGUGGUGGUGCUGCUGUAGUGGCAGGUAGACUUCAGUACCAUAUUCAUAUUGGUAUUCAAAUUAGUAAUGUUCUUACAAUGACAGAAUUGUCUCCCUGGAUUUGUCAAAGGGUACAAAAACCCCAAAUUUCUUUUCUAAAGUCAAAUAGCUCUGUUAUAUAACAGGAAGUGUAUGACUACUGUAAAAAGUCCAGAAAUUUAUCCUGGAUUCUUCUGUGUUGUGGCUGUGUGGUCUGUCCUCUGAAUAGCUGUACUCAUAUACAGUGGAUGUUCUCAAGACCAGAUUUGUCAUUUUCUCUGUUACACUUGCCAGCCAUAUUGUAAGAGAAGAAGCACAAAUAGAGGAAGAAAGAGUGAGGGAUACAAGGUAUCUGUAGCCUUCUUAAUCCCUGGCCAUGUAUCUGGCUAAACACAAGCUAAGCAUACUUUGACCAAAGCAAGGGAAGUAAAGAACUGCAUAGCUGUUGAUGAAGAACAGAAAAAAUGCUGUGAUCUUUAGUCACAAGGCAGUUUCUUCCCCAUGUCACACUUUUAAGGGAGAAAUAAUCUAUGCUAUCCCUUUUGUCUCCAGUUCCUCCUUGUUGAUUGGUGGAGACUAGAGAUUUCCUCCCCAAGCCUGCUUCCUUCCAGUCUCUUUUCCUGGAAGGGUGAAUGUCAUUACUUAGGAGCAGCAGUUUUCUUAUCUUACAUGCUCUGGUGAUGCAGAUAAAAGCCACAAAAGUCAUAUGAAAACACAUCAUCUCCCUUUGCUCCUUUGAACAGGUGUGCAAUGAGCACACACUUAAAUGAGUAUUCAUUUUCCUCAUUUGCACCAUCUGUAAAGUGAGAAUGGUGACACCUAGCUUGUGAAAUCUUUCCAUCCAUAUAAUACCCUUUUUCUUUUUUUUUUUUUUUUUUAAUAACUGUUGAAUCUGCCUAAAGGAAAAAGAUAGGUGGGAAAAAACAUGAGAGGAUGAGACCUGAAUGAACUGCUUACCAAAGGGGUAGCUACAAAGUGUGCUGGCCUGUAGCUGCCUGUUCCUGGAAGGGAUGAAAAGGCAACCCUGUUGGCAAGGUGUUGCUCGGUGGUUCUGCCUGUCCUAUUUAUAGUCAGGUAAUUGCAGUGAUGCUGAAUAAAAUUGUUACUGCUA